GGCGAUAAUGCGCCUUCACGUUGAUGCUAUCCGCCAUAAUCUCGAAAAGAAGACAAAAAUAGGGCAGGACAAGAAACAUGCGUGUCGUUUGUGUUUCUGUGAAAUAUGGAGAACAUGAAGUUAUUGGCGGAUAACAUGCACGGAUCGACACGUUCAGUCGAGUUGAAGAGAUCAAAUAUCUGCGUUAGAUUUCAUUGAGUAUAAACAGCUGACAUGUUUCGGGCAGUUUGUAAUAACAGUUUGCUGGCUUGUGCUAAAGGGCACGUCACGUUACACAGAUUGAGUGUCAACCCCGCUGUCAGGUGUCGCUUCACUAAAAUAUCUCCAAACAUAAAGCUGGAAAACAGCAGAUGUCUGAAGACCGGGAUCACUUACACCUGCACACCCGCUGGAGUCACUUCAUCAUCAGACCUUCACAGAGGACGAAAUCACAGCUCUGAACUUCUGACAUCUGUUACAUGUCGAUCAAAACUAAAUAAUAAUCACUACAGUCUUCACGUGCAGCUCAUCUCUCGAGGACUGACGUCAGGCUUCGGUGCACGAGCUUCAAAUGGAUUUUGUACGAAAGCGUCGAGAAAAGAAGCUUCACAACAUGAUCGAAGGGAAACGGAUGAAGAUGAAAGAGUUUCGCCAUCUUCACCUCCAAAUAAUGAGCGACAUUUCCAGUUUAAAGAGCUGUAUGAGAAUCCGUGGACGAUCCCUAACUAUCUGUGUGUAGCUCGGAUUCUGUUGUCUCCGGUUCUGGGAUAUUUAAUCGUGGAGCAGUAUUUCCACGUGUCUCUGGGACUGUUUGUUCUGGCUGGAGCAACGGACUUGAUGGACGGUUACAUCGCACGUAACUGGCCCAAUCAGAAAUCAGCUCUCGGCAGUGCUUUGGAUCCAUUGGCUGAUAAGAUUCUCAUCAGUGUGCUGUAUGUUAGUCUGACAUAUGCACAUCUCAUACCAGUUCCUCUGACAGCACUGGUGAUAUGUCGAGAUGUGGCGCUGAUCGCUGCUGUUUUCUAUGUCAGAUACAAAACUGUUCCUGCACCAGUCACACUCAGUAAAUUCUUCAAUCCCUGCUACAGGACAGCUCGCUUAAGACCAACACUCAUCAGCAAGAUCAACACUGCGGUUCAGUUAUUUCUGGUAGCGGCGUCUCUGUCGGCUCCUGUGUUUCACUUCACUGACAGUGUUUUACUGCAGUCGCUGUGGUACAUCACCGCACUGACCACCACAGCGUCUGGAUACAGCUACUUUCAUUACGGUAAAAAGACUGUUGAGGUGCUGAACAACACCAAAUAAAUCAACUGAUCAUCUGGAGAAUCCCUCUCAGCGUUGUGUAGCCAACAUCUGUAUAAUCUGUAUAAAAACAAAUUAUUUUCAUGACUGUAUUUAAAUCAUCUGAUUGUCACUUGUCAUCAGUAUAUGCCUUUGGGCUUCACAAGAAGUGUUUUUUUAAAUCACUUUUAAUCAAGUCUGAGCCAAUUUUCAGAAUAAAGAUCAAGAUCAAAUACAAUGUUUAAUGUUUGUACAGGUACAUGUUUCAAGUUAGAAGGUUGACUGUAGAAACUCAAGUCAUCACACUACACUUUCUGAUCCAUUGACUUCUAUUCAUGCGCAAAGACAUUCAUUUAAUAUAGAGCCUAAUAUACAUUGAACAUUUCAUCGGACGCACGCGCGCCUGACCCCCAGUUAACUUACGCUUUGUGUUUGACAUAUAUUUUAUUGAACUUAUGUUCAUAUCAAUUUAUUGUAUAAUAACUGUAUUAAAUCAUGCUUUGUUGAA